AUGUGCACGAAGUUCCCCUGCCCGCUCUGCGUCGUCGGCCGCGGCCCGGGCCUCAUCGCGCGGUGCGUCGCCAUGUGGACCACGCUCGUGCUGUGUGUCGCGCUCGCCGCGUACUAUCGAAGCAAGUUAGCGCGGAGCCUCCGCCGCGCGCUGGGCCGCCGGCGCAAGACGCCCAGGAUCGACGAGUCCUUCGAGAAGAUGGACGGCAGCCUCUACAAGAAGUUCUGGGCGUCGCACCAGGUCGGCCACCUCGGCGCGCGCGACGUCGAGCCCUUCGACGUGGCGCGGCCGCGCGUCGUCUUGAUCGUGCGGGGCAGUUCGGACGACCUGCCCAACCUCGACGGGGAGCUGGACGCCGUGCGCGCGUGCGCCCGCAAGGCGGCCGCGCGCGUCGUCGAGUGCGUGUCCCUGGAGACGCUCGGCGAGGCCCUCAAGCGGGCGACGUCGUGGCGGCGCGACGACUUCCCCUGCGGCGCGCGGCCGCGCGUCUGGCUCCACGUCGCCGGCCACGCCACCGAACUCCACUUGGAGGACCCGCAAAAGGCGAUGGUGCCGACGGAAAAAGUGGUGUCGUUGGUCGCGACGUACCGCCGCAACAUCGAGGCCGUCUUCUGCAACGGGUGCCGGAGCGCGGGGCUGGCCGCCGCGCUCGCGGAAGCCGGCGUCGCGGCCGUCGGCUGGCGCACGGACUGCUCGGACGCCGGGGCCGCGCUCUUCGCGGCGGCCUUCUACAAGCGCGCCUUCGACCAGGCGGACGCGGUCGCGGACCCGAACAUCGCGCCAGCGCCCUCGGCCUUCCUCGGCGCGACGCGCAGGACGUCCUCGCGCCGCGCGCGGCGGCGUUCGUCGCGCAGGCGCCCCGGUCGCCCGCGUGCCCCACGCGCGGCGGCGGCGGGUCCGUGGACAUUGAGAUGGACGGAUCCGGGCGGAAGGGCAUGGACGGGUCGGGCCCCUCUCGCCCAAGAACACGGACCGGGCGGUGCCCGUGCUCGCGGUGCCCAAGGCGACGAUGGCGCUGGAUCGCUCGGCGCGGUCGGCGCGCUUCGCGCCCGAGAUCGGCGACGCCGAGAUGGACGGCUCGCGCGCGCGCUGUGGCGCGCGCGCGCGACGGCGAGAUGGACGGCGGUCGCGGCGCCGACUCCGAGAACGUGGUGCGAGCGGUGCCGGUCCUCGCCGUGCCCAAGGCAACCAUGGCGUUGGAUCGGUCGACGCAGAUGGACGGGUCGCGGCGCAGCGUGGGCUCGCGGCGCUCGGGCAUGGACUCGUCGGCCGCGUCGCAGCGCACGUCGCUCGACGGUUCGGUCUACGACCUGCCGUGUUCCCUGUCCAUCGUCGACGAUGCCGACCAGGUCCUGCCGCCCGAGAAGCAAAGCAAGCGGCGGCUCGGGCUCCAGCGCGCGACGGCGCCGCGCUACGCCCUGAAGGACCCGGCCUGCGCGUCGGUGGACCCGGCGACGGGCCGCGAGGUCAUCACGACGACGCGGAACGCUGUCUUCGCCGAGGCCGCGGACCCGACGGACGACGCGCUUUAG